CGAUAAAUUUUUUACUUUCAGCGUUCGCGACUAGAGUGCCAAAUGAAUUUAGACGUAGUCUGGUGUGUGGUGAUUCUAGUAGUAUUGUGUAUAGUCGGUGCAGCCGGUUGCCGAUUCUGGCUGUCGACUUAUACGGCAGUGGGUCCGGUACCAUUCCUACCUGUCAUGCAAGAUCCCUCGUUCGAGGGUAUGCUCACGUUCUGGACUUUCGUGAUUAUUCUACAAGUGAUGAUUCCUCUCAGUCUUUACGUGACGAUAGAGAUGGCCAAACUUGGUCAAGUUUAUUAUAUUAUGCAAGACAAGGAGCUUUAUGAUCCAGAAACUGAUCGCCCCGCUGAAUGUCGUGCCCUCAAUAUCACUGAAGAGCUUGGUCAGAUCCAAUACAUAUUUUCGGACAAAACUGGAACUCUGACUGAGAACAAAAUGUUAUUUCGUCGAUGUGCAGUUGGUGGACAAGAUUACGCGCACACUGGUGAAGGCGAGAAAGUUAUUGCGUGUAAGAGGUUAAAAGAAGACUUAUUGAUAGGUACCUGCAGGCAUAGACUCCAAGAAUUUCUCAUUCUCUUAGCCAUUUGUAAUACAGUCGUCGUUAAUACUCAUCCUCAUCGCGAUAAUAUGAACGAUAGCGGCGUUAUAGAGGAACCACAAAGGAAUGGUGCUAGUUCUGAUAGUUAUGCGAGACUAAAUAAUGAUUCGAGAAGUACAACACCAGUGACUUCAGAAUCGUCAUCUUCAGGGUUACCCGUGUCUCCUCCUACUGUUCGAGAACAAAAUUCGGAAGAGAUUCUUAACUCUGUAGUAGCCAUAGAAGUAACUGAGGCUGAUCCAACGGUCUUACGAAAUAAAAUGUCAAGGCCAAAACUACUAAAUCUUACGACAAUCACAAGUCUAAGUCUGCUAACCAAAAGGCUAUCCCCUAUGGGUCUCAGAAAUUUGGGCUCAGCUUCGGAUAGAAAUGGAAAAUCUUUGGAAAACGUCCCGGCGAUUUAUGAAGCUGAAAGCCCCGACGAGCUAGCUCUUGUCAAUGCUGCUAGAGCUUACAAUGUUCGGCUGAUUCGACGAACUGCUCAAAGUGCCAUUGUUUCACUGCCUGAUAAAUCGACGCUUACUUUUGAGAUUCUAAAGAUUCUACCUUUCGAUUCAAACAGAAAAUGCAUGUCAAUAAUUGUCAAACACCCUCACACCGGUGAGAUAGUGUUAUAUAGCAAGGGUGCAGACACGACAAUCCUACCAGCUCUCAAUGCCAACGAAGACGACUCGACUAUCACGACCAAAGUUCGCCAGCAACUACACUCGUACGCUCGCCAAGGUCUGCGUACGCUAGUCAUGGCUCGUCGGUCGCUUACGACCGAGGAUUACAAUAUUUGGCGAGAAAAGCACGCAGAAAUCGAGGCGAGCAAUAAUAAUCGCGAACGAAGAAUACGCGAAUCUUACGCGAGUUUGGAGACACAGAUGACUUUGCUCGGCGCGACAGGUAUUGAAGAUAAGUUACAAGCUGGUGUUCCUGAAGCCAUGGCAAACCUUGUAUCUGCUGGCAUUGUCAUAUGGGUUCUUACCGGUGACAAACCCGAGACAGCUGUGAACAUCGCUUAUUCGGCUUGUCUAUUUACUCCGGCGAUGCAACUGCUUCGUUUGCAAGCAAGAUCCAAGUCCGUAGCAGAAAGCUUAAUUCAUGGGCACUUGGAAGCAAUUCAACACGAAAAUGCUAGUGCGAUGGAAGGAAUCCAGCCUAACGAUAUAGAUGCUGCUGAGAGGUUUGCCUACAGAAUUGGUAGUCCGUGGCAGAGACAGCGUGCUCUAGUUGUCGAUGGAAAAACACUUACGUUUAUUCUGGAUCCGAAGUCCGGCUUGACGGGGCCAUUUUUGGAACUUACAAGGGCUUGUUCGAGCGUUUUAGCGUGUCGAGCUACUCCUUUGCAGAAGGCUUACAUAGUCAAAGUAGUAAAAGAACAAUUACAGAUGCGAACCUUAGCUAUUGGAGACGGAGCAAACGAUGUAAGCAUGAUCCAGACGGCUGACGUGGGCAUUGGAGUAUCUGGACGUGAGGGUAAUCAAGCUGCCAUGGCAGCAGAUUACUCUAUUGCCAGAUUUCCCAUGCUCACCAGACUUUUGUUCAUUCAUGGCCAUUGGUGCUACGAUAGACUGUCGCGCAUGAUUUUAUAUUUUUUUUACAAGAAUGCGACAUUCGUCUUCCUUAUUUUUUGGUUUCAACUUUAUUGUGGAUUCUCUGGAGCAGUAAUGAUAGAUCAAAUUUACUUGAUGUUGUACAAUUUAAUUUUCACAUCACUGCCGCCUCUGAUAUUGGGCAUUUACGAUCAAAUAGCACCGGCUAGUCUCCUCAUAGAGGUACCAAGACUCUAUGAGAGAGGACGCCUGGCCUCCGUCUAUCAGCCUCAUUCUUUCUGGGUGACGAUGGCGGAUGCACUUUAUCAGAGUAUCGUUAUAUAUUUCCUAACAGAAGCCGUUUAUCACGAUUCCGACGUUGACAUUUGGGAAUUCGGCCUGACAAUAACUACCUCCAGCAUAGUCGUGAUGUUAGUUCAUAUUUGCAUUGAAACCAGGUCAUGGACGAUAAUUCAUGUUGGAGCAAUUUUAGCCUCAUUUGGCGCUUUUUUCGGCUUCGCUUUGUUUUACAAUGCUGUCUGCGUUAACUGCAUGGGAUUACCUAAUUCGUACUGGAUUAUGGAAAUAGCAAUUGGUCGACAUCUAUACUACUUAACUGUUAUAUUAUCAUGUGUUGUUGCUUUAUUGCCAAGGGUUUUGUACAGAGCAGUUAAGAGUACCGUAUCUCCAGACAUGAUUCAAAGAGCAAGUGCAUCGCAUUCGGAUAAAUCUGGUCGAUUAUCCAAUCAAAAGGUGGUAGCUAGUGGCGAAAGUAGUUUAGUUGCUGGUUGGUCAAGAUCUACACAAAAUGCAACCAUAAGUUGAUUUUGUUGUAGAACUGGAAAACACUCAGGAAAAGGCAACACCUUAACGACCAUCGUUGCAUGACAACACUUUAAAAGUUAAAGCUUGUGGCUCUUUUUAAAUACUUGAAAAAAGACAAUCUUUAUCCACGUUGAAGAGAAACUAUAAAAAUGAAAUGUUGAAAAAGCUUUAGAGGAGACAACAAAUUACUGUAUGAUAUCCUCAGAAUCAUGUGAACACUGUUAUUGUUAUUACUUAAAUCAAGUGGCCUUAAUCACAGACUGCUGUUGAUUGCAUUUAUUGGCUGUGAUUUUUAGGGACCAAGCUUCAGUUUAAAAUAACAUUAUCAUUCGAUCCACAAUUUACACAAUAAUCAGUGAUGCAUCGUUUUUUUCUAUUAAAUAUUAUUAAUAUAAUUUACUUGCAUGCUUCGUCGGAAAGUGUAAUUAUUUAAUAUGUAUGUUAAGUGUUCAUGGAAUAGAACAUUAAUCUAGUAGAGAGAUUGUAAGACGUAUUAAAUUGUGAAAGAUUUAAUACAUUUUUUUACUUUAUGAACAUAAUUAUUUUUUUAAAUGUCAUUUCACAUAAUUUGCGAGUGUUUCGUAUGUAUAUGUAUGUAUAGUAGUCUUAAGUUGAAUCAGAGUAUUAUUAUUUUUCAUUGAUGAUACCGUUAAACAGAUCGACGUGAAACUGAAUAUACACGCACCGUAGUUGGUGUAAAUGCUGAGAUAAGUUAAUGUUGAACGCGGAGAAUAGUUAAAUAUUGUAUGGAAAGUGUUACUUGUAAAAAAAAGA